CUCCAUCUUCGCACCUCUUCAUCUGUCUCCGCGUGCACAGCGUCCGGGGCCAGACUAUACACCCCCCUUUUGCAUACAGAAGCUUAUCCGGGAGACCCCCUUCCUUCGACCGACGACACUGCUAUCGCGCGCUUCGGUGGUGCAUCGUAGCGCGCCCACUCGGAAAAACCGCAAUCAUGGCUCCCAAGAAGAAGCAGGAAGUCCAGAAGCUGUCCCUGGGCGACUUUCUUAACGACACCUCAUUUGGCGGCGGUGGCUCAUGGGCCGAUGAGGUCGAGGAUACCAUCGCUUCGGGCACCCAGCCGCUCCCUCCUCCCGAGCGCCGCGUGCCGACGAGCUCGUACGGAGGUGGCAAUGACCGGGGCUACCACUCGAUCCGCGACAACCUGCCUCAGCAGCUCCCCGACAAGCCCCCUUAUACCGCUCAUCUCGGUAACUUGUCUUUCGAUGCCACUGUCGAAACCGUGACCGACUUCUUCGCGGACUGCAAGGUCGUCAACGUGCGAAUUAUCGAAGACCGCGACCAGAACCGACCCAAGGGCUUCGCAUACGCCGAGUUUGCUGACCUUGAGGGUCUCAAGACCGCUCUCACCCGUGAUGGUCAGAUUUUCCAGGGACGCACGAUUCGGGUGAGAGUUGCCGAUCCCCCGAGGGGCGGUGGUGGCUUCAGUGGACCUGACCCCCGGGAACUGGACUGGAGUACUCGUAGGGGUCCUUUGCCUGACCCUCCUAGCCGUGGUGGUGAUCGUCGUGGGCCUGAUUUCGGUGAGCGGAGGCGCGAUUUUCAAUCAAACGAUGACGGAAAAGUCCGGGAUCUCAGCAACUGGGAGAGGCGUGGCCCUCUGUCGCCCCUGGCCCAGCCCGAUCGCCCAGAGUCCCGUGAAGGCUCCCGCUCCCGUGCUCUGGAGUCCCGAUCCGAGUCAUUCCGUGGCAACCGGAGGGCUUCGCCCGCCGCUUGGGGUCCCAGUGAAGGCCAGGAGGGCUCUCGCCCGCCUCGCCGUGAGUUUUCCGAGCGCCCCGAGCGCCCCGAGCGUGUCCCCACUGCUGCUGAAAGGGAUUUCAACUGGCGUAACAGCAUGCGCCCUGAUCCGCCAGUCAAGUCACCUGGCCAGUCUCGGGAGGGCAGCGAGACACCGUCUUCGCCAGCUCCUUCCGGCGCCGUACCUGCUGGACGUCCCAAGCUAAACCUCGCAAAGCGGACCGUCUCCGAGGCGACCGACACUGCUGCUGCCCCUCCCCCUUCUGACUCGAAGCCUAAUCCGUUUGGCGGUGCUCGCCCGAUCGACACUGCUGCCCGUGAGCGAGAGGUUGAGGAGAGGCGCAUGAGAGAAAAGAAAGAAGCCGAGGAAAGGGCUAAGGCUGAGAGGUUGGCAAAAGAGGCGGCGGCGGCGGCGGAGGCCGCGGAGAAGGCCGCAGCCGAGGCGGCGGCCAAGGCCAAUGGCGAGAAGGAAGAAGCUGCUGAGGAGAAGAAGGCGACGGCUCAGGAGGGCGCCGCGAACGGGGCUACAGCCGAGCAGAGGCUUCCGCUCCGGACGCGUGAGCCACGGGAAGCGCCCAAGUCGCGGGCCGCCGAGAGCGGUAACUGGAGGGCUGCGUCGAACGAGCAGCGUGCUUCGUCCCGCGGCGGCCAUGGUCCUGGUGGACCCCGUCGUGUUGGCCCAGCUCGUGGUCCUAGGGAUGCCGGACGCCCUCCUCGCACCAACGGCGGUGGUCCUGCUCAACAGCUACAAUCUCCCAGCACUGAGCAAACCCCGCCUACGCCGACUGUUGAUGAGGAUGGCUGGACGACGGUGGCGGCUCCGAACAAGGGCCGACGUGGACAGGCCAGCCGCCCGGUGGCUUGAUGAACCAAUGCAUAACGGUCCUCUUAUGGGACCACACUCGCCGGUCUCCCGCAGGACAUUGUGUGUUCACAGAGAACAUGGCAAGCUCUAUGAGCCUUACCGCUUGGCGGCAUCUUCGCUCUACAUAUUCAUCUCUGCUCGCUCCUCGACAUCCAUGUUGCCGUGUCGUUGGCUUGGAUAGCCCGGCAUCAGCGCCCUCGGCUUUACGCAGAUCUCUUCGUGUCUCAAGAACCCGAUGAAUUUGCACAACCCACCUCGACCACGUAUGCAACACCGUCUUCGCGGGACGGAAUGUCUCAUCCCUCUUUGCGUCGCCAGUCCGACGAUGGAGGGAGGCGACACUAACCGUUACGAAUGAGCGAUUUUGACCGACAUGGUGAUCCCAGCUAUGCAAACGAAAAGCGCAUUUUUUGCGAGUUCUUGACCAUGACGUUUAUGGGUUAUGCACGGCAAUGCGACGCGGAUUUUUUUUUUCAAUUCAAAAUGAUGGCUCUUUUUCUUCCGCCCGCAUGGACAACGACCAGACGACAUGGUGCGGGGGUUUCGGUCGCCACGGCAUUGUAUCCCUGCUGGAUUGGGCGAAUCUCAAGGUCUGGACGGUCAAAUUUCCAGAUAAUCAUGGGCGGGAAGGUAUGAAAGGCAGGUUCCUUCCGCGCAUUUGUGGGGUCCUGCCUCAUCUCUUUGGUUUUUUGGUCAUCUCAUGCGACCUGCCUGUUGACCAGCUCUAUGCUUUCUAUGCCUGGACAACUGCGGCAUUCUUUAUGCGUUUCAAACGAUGAUAUGCUUGACGGGCCGGGCCAAGGGGGUAUGGGGGGCUGGGUUAGCUUUGCAGGGUUGUGUGGUGGUUUCAUUCAGUUUAGACGAGGGAUAGCAAAAGGAAUUUGGUGCAUUUGUUUUCG